UCGAACUCCACAGGUGGAGUCAUAUAGUGUCAAAUUGGCACAAGUGAGUGAUGUGGACCCUUUCCCUACCUCAAUAUGGCAUCACAAGGCUGCGGCUGUUUGUGGCCUGAAGGCAAGGAAAAAGCUGAUGCUGGGAUGGUAUCGCCUGCUUCUGCAUCAGUAUUGCUUUGCUCCUGGUCAAUAUAAGAUUUCAUCCACUGGAAGAAAAGUGAAAAGGAAUAUACAAAGAGUUUACUCUGGGGCAGCAAUGAAACAAUAACUGCAGGCAAAGCUGUAAAUGUUAUAAAAGCUGCAAGCCCAAGCACAAAAUAAACCAAGAAGCUGGCAUGGGGUUGCUUGAUCAAGCCAACAGCACCCUCCUUCUGGAAGGACAAAUCUCAGAUAAAAGACUGCCUUUUGAUUGGCACACAAAAGAUCUUGUCACCCUGAGUGAAGGUCUCCAUGGAUCCGAUAAUGUUAUGAUGGACAGCACUAAGAUCUUGGGAGUCCAGAUCAUAUUGAUAGCUGCCUAUUCUCUAAUCAUUCUGCUGGGAUUCAUUGGGAACUCCUUAGUCAUCUAUAUGAUUGUAAGAUACAAAACAAUGAGGACUGUCACCAAUUUUUUCAUAGCUAACUUGGCCCUGGCAGACUUGAUGGUGGACACGCUCUGCCUGCCCUUCACCUUGGCCUACACCCUGUUGGACGAAUGGAAGUUUGGGGCUGUACUUUGUCACCUGGUCUCCUAUGCUCAAGCUCUAAGUGUUCAUGUGUCCACACUCACUUUAAUGGUGAUUGCCUUGGAUAGGUAUAGAUGCAUUGUUUUUCAUUUAGACAGCAGGAUCUCCAAGAAGAUCAGUGUCACCAUCAUAACCACUACAUGGCUGGUUGCUGCUGUCUUAGCCAGCCCAUUGGCCAUCUUCCGAGAGUACAGAUAUGAAGAAAUCCCAACCAUCAAUCUCAGAAUAGCUGUCUGCUCUGAGAAAUGGCCUUCUGAAAACAGAGAUGCCACCAUAUACAGCUUGUCCAUGCUCCUCUUGCAGUACGUUCUCCCGCUUUCUAUCAUCUGCUAUGCAUACAUUAGGAUAUGGUUCAAGCUGAAAAGUCAUAUCAGUCCCACUUCUCGGAGUGAUAGUCAUUGUCGCAGGAAAAAGACCACAAAGAUGCUGGUAAUGGUGGUGGUGGUAUUUGCGGUCUCGUGGCUCCCGUUCCAUAUAUUUCAGCUUGCUGUUGACCUAGAUCUGGUGCUCAUCUUCCAUGAUUAUAAACUCCUCUACACAGUAUUCCACGUGGUGGCCAUGUGUUCCACUUUUGCUAACCCUUUGUUGUAUGGCUGGAUGAACAAGAAUUAUCGCAAUGGGUUCCUCAUGUUCUUCCGCUGCCAGAAUAAGCCAGAGAGACUCUAUACUGAGGGAUCCAUCAGAGGCCGAUCCUAUACUUUCCGAGCUACCACCUUGAAUGGGAGUAUUAAACACUCCACAGGCAAUGGACAGCUGCCAACAGAGGUUUAGUACGUAAGCCACGCCAUCUCUACCAGGGGUCUGGAACCUCAGUGGCAUCUACCUGGAACUGAAGCAGCUUUUCUAAAAAAACUGAAAAUGUUGUAUUGCCAAAAAUGCUAUUAUUGUCAUCAUAACCAAUGGAGAACACAUUGCCUAUUUGUCCAGAGAACCUCAGUGUACUGUCCAUUCUGCUUCAUGAAGCAAGUUAAUCAAGCUUUUUCUUGGGUUCUGUAUUGCUUGUUGUAUAAGCAGUAGAAAACAUGUUGUACUCCGAUGCUUUAAUUUAUGAGAAAAUUUGGGUCCACUGUUAUCUGGAAAAGGGGACAAGACUUAAGAAUCCAGUGGCAACAAAAGUGUCUGCAUUGUCAGUACUGACAUACUGUAACAUCAUAUGGUA